AUGUCUGUGCCCACAGCCUGCAAGACCGUUUUGGCGUCUUCAAUCGCAAAGCCGUUUGCCGAGGAGCUGAAAGACGGCGUGAAACAGCUGGAGAAAAAGCCUGUGCUGGUCGGUUUCCUUGCCAAUGCCGAUCCUGCCGCUAGAAUGUAUGCAGACUGGACGGGCAAGACCUGCGAGGAGCUCGGCUUUGGCUAUGAGCUGCGCGAAGUGCCCAAGGAGCGCCUCGAAGAGGCUAUUCUGGAUGCAAACGACGAUAGCGCUGUAGACGGCAUCCUCGUUUAUUUCCCGGUGUUUGGUGGAACCCAGGAUCAGUAUCUUCAGCAGGUAGUUGCCAAAGAGAAAGAUGUCGAGGGUCUUAGCCACAUUUAUAUCCAGAAUAUGUACCAGAAUGUGCGGUUCCUUGAUGAGGCACAGACCCAAAAGAGUAUUCUGCCUUGCACUCCCUUGGCCGCCGUCAAAGUGCUUGAAUAUUUGGGCGUGUACAACGCUAUCCUGCCGUAUGGAAAUCGACUGUACGGCAAGACAGUGACUGUAGUCAACCGCAGCGAGAUCGUCGGCCGUCCUCUUGCCGCUUUACUUGCCAACGAUGGUGCCACAGUUUACUCUGUCGAUAUCACCGGCGUGCAAAAGUAUACUCGUGGUGAAGGGCUUCGUCAUGUCAAGCACGUGGUGUCUGAGACCGAUCUGGACCUUGAGCAUGCUGCCAAGAUUUCCGACGUGAUCAUUACCGGUGUUCCAUCUCCAGACUAUAAAUUCCCCGUUGAGUUUAUCAAGAACGGAGCCGUGUGUGUGAAUUUCUCGUCUGAAAAGAACUUCAGCCCCGAGGUCAAGCAGCGGGCUUCUCUUUACGUCCCCAUGAUCGGCAAGGUCACCAUUACCAUGCUUUUGCGCAAUUUGCUACGGCUUUGCGUAAAUGCACAAGAACGCAAGCAUGCUGCAGCAGCCAAAACCUAA